GACUCUUCCAGAUCGUCUAAGAAGUCUGCAGAGAACCCGAGUCACGACGGCCUGAAGGCAGAGUGUUUACAUGUCCGCUCCGAGGAGGAGAAGGUCCCCGCUACAAAGAAUUCUUCACCUUUGCACUCAGAAGUGGCUGAGCUCACCAAGGCAUCACCACCUGGACUUGUCAGUAACAAAGACCCUGACUCAAAGGACAGGGUACCGGUGAACGGCACAGCCGCCAGCGUUACUGAAAAACUCGCUCAGCUCAUCGCAACAUGCCCUCCUUCCAAGUCUUCCAAAAUCAGAGCCAAAAAGCAGGCAUCGUCAGCCCCGGUCAGCUUGCCCUUGGAAGAACGGGCAAUGCCGAAAGAUGACUCUCCUGCGACAGAGCGUCUGAGCUCUCCUUCCAAAUCCAGGGGCUCGGAGGAAAGAAUGAACAGUCAAGCUUCGGAGAGGGUUAACGUACGGCAGGCCAAGGACAGCAUCUUGGAAAAGUUCUGUAUCAGGAAAGAGGGAUCCACCGGUGAGAAAGAGAAAUGUAAUAACAGGACUUCCAUCCCGGUGGAGAAAGGUUCCCUCUCUGAGAAAGGUCUCCCUGUUGCGGAAAUGCCUGAAAAGCUUUGCCCUGUGUAUUGCACUUCAUUGGACUAUCGGAAGGGGGGUGCGUCGGACGCGUCAGCAGCCGUGUCACCUUUCAGUGCCGUCGGGGAGGGUAAUCUACCUUCGCCAGCACCAGCGACGUCUCUGACAUCCUCCAGUAGGAGUUCAAAUGUGAAUUGUCCCCAAUCCCCCUCAAGUUCAUUGCACUUAACUCUUGACGCAACGCGUGUGGAAUGUAUUGAUGAGCCAAGCGACAAAAGCAAGUUUACAUCCGACACUUUACCCGCUAACAGGGCUCAUAAAAUCCCUCAAAAAUCUCUGGACUUCUUACAGAACGAAAAGACGAGCAAAGAGGCGAAAAGUGUCCCCAGUGAGAAUUUAAGGACUCAUGUUCCCCAUGUACCAGACAAAAAGCCCACGCAGAGGGUGGAGCCUGGCAGCCACCGCUCAGACCCAUCUGUUGUCAGUUUUGCAAGUUUACUUAGGAAAAAACAGUUGGUGAAGGUCAGCGGCCUCUCGGAAAAGCCGCCUUACAGCAGCCAACAUGGAAGCACCAACUCGCAGACUAAACACUUUAAGAAAAGGAAAGGUAAAAAGCCGCGGUGGACCAAAGUGUCCAACAAAACCAUCCAGCACCCCAAAGUAUCAUCUGAGCAUGGCGUGGGAAGGCCAGCCUCAGUGGUCAGUGAUAGGUCUCAGCGGGGCACACCUGAGAAAGCUGGGGGGAAAACUUCAGUUCAUGGUCAACUGUCCAAGUCAUUGUCCAAAGCAAGCAUGUCCAAUGAAGGAGCCAUCAACGAAACGCACAAGCAGAACCCCAAACUGUAUAGUUCCCAUAGGAAUUACCGAAUGGUUUGUAUGCCCACCGAUGGUUCCGAUUCCUACAAACCUAAGAGAGGAAAGCCUAAAAGUAAGGACAUGCCGCAUCUGGAGGGUCCCCCGAAAAGAGCACUUAAAAUCCCAGCUUUUAAAGUAGCCUCAUCGCAGUCCAAAGAAGAGCAAGGGCCUCCUGUUCUCCAGCCAGAGAUCGAGAUGCCGUCUCUAAAAACCAACCUUCCCAGACCGGUGUUUCCGAGGAAGAGAGGGAGGCCGCGGAGGGAUUCGGCUGCCCCGAUGCGAACGCCGCCUGUCCUUUCCGUCGCACCUUUUCUGGUGACCGAUAAUCACAAGCAAACUGAAUGUGAAAACGAGAAGCAACAGAACGAUGACCAUGUGAACAGCAGACUCCAUGCUGACGACGCGGGCAGCAACUGCUCGGAGGCGGACAAGAAAUCUCUGAAGAAAAACAACGGGCAACUAGUGAAGAAUAUUAUUCGGAAGAUAAAUAAGAUGAAGACUAUUAAACGGAAGAAGCUGCUGAGUCAGAUCCUCUCCGGCGCGGCUGAACAAAGCUCCAGAGGGAAGACUCCAGUGAAGCUGCAAGGUACGGUAUCAACGCUUGCCGCCACGUUCACUUCUAAACUGGGUCAGCAAAUAAACGUCAGCAAGAAAGGCACCAUCUACAUGGGCAAGAGGAGAGGCAGGAAGCCCAAGUCAACAUCAGAGAGCAUCAUGACCAAAAAUUCCGUCAGUUCUCUAGAAAAAGCUGGCCAGCAAGAGGCUCACCCAACGUUGGGUCAAGGUGUAGCACCCAUCAUAUCCCAGAACAUACCUGGCUCCGAGGUUCUUCCUUCUCCAGCCAGUUCCCUCUCGCCUGGAGCCAGUGGCGCCCAGAGUCCCAUCAGCAGUGAUGCCAGUUUUGUGGAGCCCAGCCCCGUGCCAUAUCCCCACCCACACUCGAGGCAAGGUACCUUCCUUCAGACCCUUGCCAUGAGGAAAGCCUCCAAGGACUGCAGACAACUGUCACCCCCAGCGUUGCUGCCAAACUCUCCCUCCCACCUCAAUGAAAUCCCUUCCUUAAAGGAAGCCACUUCUUCUCCCAUCAGUGAGUCUCACAGCGAUGAGACCAUCCCCAGCGACAGCGGCAUCGGGACGGACAACAACAGCACGUCAGACCGGGCGGAGAAGUUUUGCGCACAGAAGAAGAGACGCCAUUCUUUCGAACACAUUGCUCUUCUUGCACCUCAGGCCUCGCCGGUCCUUAGCGGCCUCAAAGAGAAACACAAGCACAAAUGUAAGCACAGGAGCCAUGACUAUCUCACCUACGACAAGCUCAAGCGGCGGAAACGUAAAAAGAAGUACCCGCAGCUGCGCGCCCGGCAGGACCCGGACUUCCUGGCUGAGUUGGAGGAGCUUGUAACGCGUUUGAGUGAGGUCCACAUUUCCCACCGGGGUCACCAUUUCAUCCCCCGAGAUCUGCUUCCUACCAUAUUCCGCCUCAAUUUCAACAGCUUCUACAGUCACCCAACCUUUCCUUUGGAUCCUUUGCACUACAUCCGGAAGCCGGACUUGAAGAAGAAGAGGGGGCGGCCCCCCAAGAUGCGGGACUCCAUGUCGGAGAUGCCAUUUGUCCACAGUCUCGGUUUUCCCCUCUCCAGCACUGGCUUCUACCCUUCAUACAGCAUGCCUUACUCCCCCUCCCCCAUUACUGCAGCCCCCAUUGGCUUAAGUUAUUAUGGACGGUACCCCCCCCACCCUGUACCCCCCUCCACCUUCUCCUUCCUUCACCACCCCACUGCACCCCCCUUCCUACAUGCAUGCAGGCCAUUUAUUGCUGAACCCUGCCAAGUACCAUAAGAAGAAACACAAGCUCCUGCGGCAAGAGGCGUUCCUGACCACCAGCCGCACCCCUCUCCUUCCUGUGGGCACCUACCCCACCGUCCCCCCAGACAUGGCCUACGGUUGGAUGGUGGAGCACAAACACCGCCACCGCCACAAACACCGGGAACACCGAUCAGACCAGCCGCAGCUCUCCAUGGAUCCCUUGGCUGGGGUUGGCUCUUCUAGGACGGUUCUGGAGUCCCUGAAACGUUACAGGUUUGGGAAGGACAACAUCGGGGAGCGGUACAAACACAAAGACAAACACCGGUGUCACCUCUCCUGCGGUCACCUGACUCCUGCCAAGGGACUGCUGAGCCGAGAGGAGCAGUGGGUCCGGAGGGAGGCCCCUGAGGCGGGCUUGUUGGCUUUGGGACUUCAGACUCCAUUGCAGAUUGACUGUUCCAACAGCUCGCCCAGCCUCUCGCUCAGCGGCUUCACGUCCGGCUCCGAGCCGGCCAGCAGCGAUGAACACACCAACCUCUUCACAAGUGCAAUAGGCAACUGUCGGGGCCCCAUGUCUGCCAACACCGGGUGCAAGACGCUCAGCGAUGGCCCCACCUUCUUCACGGAGAGCAGAUCCACCAGGAAGGAGGCUGCCCAGUCCUCAGCAGGUAAGAGAGUGAAGUCAUGAGGGUCCAUGAAGGGUCAUGAGGGUCCAUGAAGGGGUACGGCCAUUCUGAUGUCUCUUCUUGCAGUCAUGGGGGUCCCGUUGCGGAGCCUGCGGCACAGUUCUAUGGUGGAGGAGUCUGUGGAUUGUUUGCUGCAGCGCACAGUGGAGGACGUCCUUCCUUCUGCCCCGUCCUCCUCCAGUCCUGCCAGGGGGCACAGCCGGGACAAAGGCCAGAGCCGGUCAGAGACACCUGCCAUGGAAUCUCCUGCGGACGGCUCCUCGUCUGGUCGUCUGCCAGGCCUGAAGAGAAGUGUGGUGGAGGCCAUUCACAAGCAGGCUCGCAGGAUGUACGGCUACGACAAAAUCCUGGCCUCCAAGAAGAACAUGGACCAUGUCAAUAAAAUCCUGAAGGCCAAACUGCAGAGACAGUCCCGGACUGGGGAACAACAUCGUGAAGAGGAGGCCGGGGAGGCCCAGGAAGUAUCCUCCAGACUCCCUACUGGCCAUGCCGCUGGUCAGCCAGCAGGAGCACAGCAGUGCCCGAUCAGACACCGUGACGGACAUUAUCGAGGCCGUAGUGCAGGGGGUCAGUCUGACCACCGAGCACCGCAAGGGCUGGAAGAGGAAGCAUUUCAGUGUAGACAAGCAGAUGAGGAAACGUCUGAGGACCUCAUUGGAUUGAAGACCAUGAGAGCAGUACCAGUCUGGCGGAGAUCUCUUUCAUCGGUGACCCCUCGGGUCGGGACAUCAGCCGGUGUCACCAGGAACGAGUGGAGGCGUUUUCCCGUCACCUGGCCCCCCUCCUGCAGCGGGAGAAGAAGGUUGCACGUCCCCCCCCAAAAAGAAAUACCAAAAGGCUGGACUCUUCUCUGAUGUCUACAAGACCACCGACCCAAAGAGUCGUCUGAUGCAGCUGAAGAAGGAGAAAUUGGAAUAUAACCCGAAGGAGCACGAGUACGGUCUGCUGCCGGCCCCCAUCCACAUCGGGAAAUAUCUCCGCCAUAAGAGGAGUGACUUCCAGCUUCCAUAUGACAUCCUGUGGCAGUGGAAACACAACCAGUUGUACAAGAAGCCGGAUGUUCCCCUCUACAAAAAGAUCCGAUGCAACGUGUAUGUGGAUGUGAAGCCGCUGUCUGGAUACGAGGCGACCACACUGUAACUGUAAGAGUCCGGACAACGUGGAGGAGCGGGGCUGUGUGGACGACUGCCUGAAUCGGAUGAUAUUUGCGGAGUGUUCCCCGAAUACGUGUCCUUGUGGGGAUCAGUGCGACAACCAGCGGAUCCAGAGACACGAGUGGGUCCAGUGCCUGGAGAGGUUCCGGGCCGAGGGGAAGGGGUGGGGCAUCCGCACCAAGGAGCCACUCAAGGCCUCGCAAUUCAUCAUCGAAUAUCUGGGGGAAGUGGUGAGCGAGCAAGAGUUCAGGAAUCGGAUGAUAGAGCAAUAUCACAACCACAACGACCAUUACUGCCUCAGCCUGGACUCCGGGAUGGUGAUUGACAGUUAUCGCCUCGGCAACGAAGCCCGCUUCAUCAACCACAGCUGUGACCCCAACUGUGAGAUGCAGAAAUGGUCGGUGAAUGGAGUGUCCCCCCCGCAUCGGGCUCUACCCCUUGAAGGACAUGCCGGCCGGAACUGAACUCACCUACGACUACAACUUCCACGCCUUCAACCCCUAGCAGCAGCAACUGUGUAGGUGCGGGUUUGAUCGAUGUCGGGGGAUCAUCGGGGGGAAGAGUCAGAGAAUGAACGGACUGACAAACAAAGGCGGCCAUCAGAUUCCGUCUCACCGCAGGCUGGGGCGCUCCAAGGAGAAGAGGAAGUCCAAGCACCGGCAGCUGAAGAGAAGGCGGGGUCACCACAGCGAGGAUCGCAGCGACAGUGUCGGAGCAUCCAACAGACUCGGCUCCCAGCUCCACAUGAAACCCAUGUCCAAACAGGGAGAGGAAUUUUGUGUUGAAGCACAGAGUGUUCUUGAUCCGGAACUGGGAGAAGACCCUCCCGGCGGCACGAGGAUGGUGAAGGAUGAGCUGAGUGCUGCGUCGCUGUAUAACACCGCUGGAACGGGGUGUGCAGAGACGAUGGAAACAUCAAAGCUGAUGUCUUCAUGACCCAGUUCGCUGCUCUGCAGACCUCCCUCUCGGUACGCACCCGCCGAUUGGCUGCCGCCGAGGAGAACGUUGAGGUGGCACGGGCAGCACGCCUGGCACAGAUCUUCAAGGAGAUCUGCGAUGGAAUCGUCUGCUACAAAGAUUCCAUGAACAGGACCCUGGCAGCCCCCCUGCUCAGUCUUCCACCCAAGAAAAAGAACCCCUACUACUACGAGAAGGUGGGGGACCCCCUGGACCUGCUGACCAUCGAGAAGCAGAUCCUCAGUGGUCACUACAAGGCGGUGGAAGCGUUUGACACGGACAUGCUGAAGGUUUUCCGCAACGCCGAGAAGUACCACGGCAGGAAGUCAGCGAUUGGUCGGGACCGUUGUGUGCCGGCUGAGGAAGGCGUAUUACAGCGCGAGGCACGAGUCGUCAGCGCAGAUCGAUGAGAUUAUGGGGGAGACCGGCGAGCGAGGCGGACAGCUGCGACACCUCCAUAUGUGACAAAGAUGGCGGCCAUGAGAAGGAGGAUGACAUCAUCCGCUGUAUCUGCGGGGGCCUCUACAAGGACGAGGGGCUGAUGAUCCAAUGUGAGAAAUGUAUGGUCUGGCAGCACUGUGACUGUAUGGGGGUGACGUCAGACGUGGAGCAUUACCUGUGUGAGCAGUGUGACCCCCGGGCCAUCGAUCGGGAAGUUUACCUACCCAUGAUCCGUGUCCUCAUUACGCUCAACCCGGAUUCAUCUAUUUCAUCUGCCUCCCCUGCGCGACGAUCUGCUGCUCCGACCGGGGGACUGCGUGUAUCUGAUGAGGGACAGUCGGAGGACUCCGGAAGGCCAGCCGGUGAGACAAUCCUACCGACUUUUAUCUCACAUCAACCGCAACAAACUGGACAUCUUCCGCAUAGAGAAGCUCUGGAAGAACGCGAGAAGGGCGAACGAUUCGCCUUUGGCCACCAUUAUUUUCGGCCCCAUGAGACGCACCAUGCGCCAUCACGCAAGUUUUACCACAACGAGCUUUUCCGCGUGCCGCUGUAUGAGAUCAUCCCGCUGGAGGCCGUGGUGGGGACAUGCUGCGUGCUGGACCUGUAUACGUACUGCAAAGGCCGGCCGAAGGGAGUGAAGGAACAAGACGUUCAUAUCUGUGACUACCGGCUGGACAAAUCAGCGCACUUAUUCUACAAAAUCCACCGGAAUCGCUACCAAUCAGCCCCCGUCUGCACCAAGAACUACGCCUUCGACCACUUCUCCAAGAAGAUGGCCCCGAAAAGAGACUUCUCUCCUCACUAUGUUCCAGACAACUACAAGCGGAACGGCGGCAGGUCAUCCUGGAAGUCGGAGCGGCCCAAGCCCCCCAGCGCCGAUCUCCAGCAGGAGGACCCCUCGCCCCUCAUGGAGGAUUUAAUGGUAAACCAUGACGCGGCGGUACAGGAGGACUCGGAGGUGGGCGGCUCCACGCAGCCGGAGGGUGGAGAGAGCGCCGCGGUGGAGAGUGACACAGCCCCCCGCCACGCCUCUGCUCCUCCCCCGAGGGACAGCAAGCCAAAAGAGACAAACUGAACGGGAUCCUCCUCCGCCUGCUGGACAAACUACCCAGCAAGAACGCCAUCGAUGUGACGUAUCUGCUGGAGGAGGGGCCAUGCCGGAAGCUGAGGAGACGCACGCUCAACCUCCCCGAAUGCAUCUUCAGGAAGUGA